AUGGGACGAACUACAUACAUGUUAUUUGAAACAUUCUUCCAUGUCAAACGUGAUAAAGCAGAAGAUAUUAGCUCACAUGUUGCUGAACUACAAAAGUUAUUUGUAGAUUUAAAUGAUGAAUUAACGAAACAUGAAGAGAAUACGUUGUCUGAAAGAAUAUUAAAUGGUCGAAUUUUAUCUACGCUGGGAAAGGAAUAUGAUAAUUUUAAAGAUCUCUGGGACACAAUACCGACUGAAAACCAGAAUUUGAACUUACUUAUUGAAAAUCUUUGUGCUAUUGAACUUCGUGAACAAAGUACAACAGAUGUAACUGCAUUGGUUGCAUAUUACUCACAAAAAAAGAUGAUGUCAAAAGAGCAAGCAAAACAAAAAUUUCCAUGUAACAAAUAUAAACAACUAGGAAACUGGGCAGCGGAGUGGCCACAGAACCCUCGUGACUGCAAUAACGAGCGGCAAAAAGAGAAGGUGAGUGAAAAUGCUGUGUUUACUUUGUGUGCCACGGGUGCGUCUACUGUAAAUUAUAUUGACGUAAAUAAAUGGUAUUGUGAUACUGGUGCUACGAAGCAUAUCACCCCGAAUAAACAAUACUUUGUCUUGUACAGCGAAUUUGAUGUUCCUGAAGUGGUUUCAUUAGGAAGGCAAGGUACUAACAUGCAUGCACUUGGUAAAGGCACAGUUUACAUCGAAAUAAGACGAAACAAUGAAUGUUACAGGGCCAGGUUGGAAAAUGUUUUGUAUGUGCGUGUUGUCAGACCAGAAAACAGUGAUCAAGUAAAUAUAGCGACAUCUGAAACACUGCAAAUGUACCGUGAAAGAUUCGGUCAUCAAAAUAAGCAACACAUCAAGAACAUUUAG